UGAUAAUUGAAAGUGUUUGUCUGCCAUUGACUUUUGUUUAACCCAGCUGGUCUUCCGUCUACCUCGGUUGCUCACUUGCGUUGUUUGUCGUGCUACUUGGCGUGUCUCUUUCCUCGUGUUGUCAAAAUGCCUAGCGAUAAGGAACAUAUCAAUAUUGUCGUCAUUGGACAUGUAGACAGUGGGAAGUCUACCACUACUGGGCAUCUUAUCUACAAAUGCGGUGGCAUUGAUAAGCGUACCAUAGAAAAGUAUGAGAAAGAAGCUGCUGAGAUGGGCAAGGGGUCUUUCAAGUAUGCUUGGGUGUUGGACAAGCUGAAGGCUGAGCGUGAACGUGGUAUUACAAUCGACAUUGCUUUGUGGAAGUUCGAGACUCCCAGAUACUCCGUUACAGUUAUUGAUGCUCCGGGUCAUCGUGACUUCAUCAAGAACAUGAUCACAGGUACUAGUCAGGCCGAUUGUGCUGUUCUGGUUGUUGCUGCUGGUGUUGGUGAAUUCGAAGCUGGUAUCUCAAAGAACGGUCAAACCAGAGAACACGCCCUGUUAGCUUACACUUUGGGUGUUAAACAGUUGAUCGUGGCAAUCAACAAGAUGGAUUCUACAGAGCCACCGUAUUCUGAAGCUCGUUACCAAGAAAUCAAGAAGGAUGUGUCCGACUACAUCAAGAGAGUUGGGUACAAUCCAGCUGGAGUUCCAUUCGUCCCAAUCUCUGGUUGGGUUGGGGACAACAUGAUUGAAAGGAGCACAAAUAUGCCUUGGUACAAAGGCUGGGAUUUGACAAGGGGAAAGGAGGGGAAAACCGAGACUGGUUACACUCUUCUGGAUGCUCUCGAUAAGAUGGAAUCACCCACAAGACCUACAGACAAACCCCUCAGACUGCCAUUACAAGAUGUAUACAAAAUCGGUGGUAUUGGCACCGUCCCCGUUGGUCGUGUGGAAACCGGCAUUAUCAGGCCUGGUAUGGUUGUCACAUUCGCUCCUCAAAACUUGACAACUGAAGUCAAGUCAGUUGAAAUGCAUCAUGAAGCUCUCACUGAAGCUUUCCCCGGUGACAACGUUGGGUUCAACGUGAAGAACGUGUCCACUAAAGAUAUACAUCGUGGCAAUGUUGCUGGAGAUUCAAAGAAUGACCCACCGAAAGAGGCUGCGAGCUUUACCGCCCAAGUCAUUGUCAUGAACCAUCCCGGUGAGAUCAAGAAUGGCUACUCACCUGUCCUUGAUUGUCACACUGCACACGUCGCAUGUAAAUUCCACGAAAUCACCGAGAAGCUGGACCGACGAUCAGGCAAGAAAGUGGAGGACAAUCCCAAGUCUAUCAAGUCUGGCGAUGCUGCAAUGGUAGAACUUGUACCCACAAAGCCUUUGUGCGUCGAGCCAUUCCAACAAUACCCGCCACUUGGUCGAUUUGCUGUCCGUGACAUGAAACAGACGGUGGCUGUUGGUGUGAUUAAGGCCGUCAACAAGAAAUCUGACGCUGGUAAGGGUGCUAAGACCGCCGCAAAAGCAACUGCAAAGAAGAAGUAAAUUUUUCAUGUUGUAAUUUUCCCAAUUAAAGUUUUUCUUGGACACGUAUUGUUUUUAUAUUAAGAGUUGUACCCGUC